AUCAGAUCCACCUAGAACUUAUCUUCCUGUUUAGUCAUUUCAAAUUUGUUGAGAUUAAAAACCAUUGUUGACAUAAGACUUUUAAGUGGAUCGAAUAUGUUUCUUUUUCUGAGUUGCUGGAUUCUUGCAGGAGUCGUGGCGGACGACCCAGUGGUGACACAUUACCAACUGAAAAACAGCUCACUAUGUCUACACGUCAGAAAACCACCACCAUAUAAAGGUUGUACUUGGAGGUUUGCUGAAACAGCUAUUAUUACUUCUUCUGAAAUGAACCCCAAAUAUGCGGCGAAAGUGGAUUACAAUCCCACAAACCUCUCCUUGUGUAUAAAAGAGCUGACUGACAACGACGCUGGCAUCUAUACAGUCACAUACAGUGACUCCAGCUUUAAUCUUUCAUCUGAGAAACACAGAGUCAUUGUUCAAGACGGAGUUCCUAGACCUGUCAUCAAAAUUUCAAUGGCGCACUCCAACCUGUCGGCCGAAUUCUGCAAUAUCACAGUCAACUGCUCCAUCCAGGAUGACUGGGUGUUGUCUUUCUGUGAUGAGGACAGUUGCAGGACAUCUCAGAAGUCGCUCAGUCGGGUCAACAUCACCAUCUCCACUCACGGCAGAACUGUUAUCUGCAGUGGCAACAACCACGUUAGCAGAAAUAAGUUUUCUGAGACCGUGGCAACAACAUGUUUCAAUAAAUCUAAUCCUGAACACAAAGAGGCGUCACAACCCACCAUUGUAAUAGUAGUAGUAGUUGUUACACUGUGUGCAUCCCUCUGUGCAUUUAUUGCUUUUAUGGCUUUGCGGCUAUUUUCAGAGUAUAAUCGCCAUCGGGGACAUACAUCUACUAUUCAGUUAAUACAAAACCAGCCAGUUGAAGAACAGCCACAACCUGAGCCUAGAGUCUCGACCUCUUCUUUCAGUCAAGCUGAGGCCACUUAUGAAAACCUGGAUGCCACACAGCCCAGCUGGACCAUCAGUCCAAAAGACGGAUUGGGGUCCAUGCCCACCCAGAUGAUAGAUACCGUCUACAGUGUUUUACAUGUACCACAUGUGACCCCUUGUCUUGUCGAGCAUGACAGCUGUAGAGAUACGAAAGGACACGAGACGAUUGAAGAGGCAUCAACUUCACAGCCUGUCGCCGUGGAUGAAGCAGAGCGCCACAUGCAAAUUGACACGGUGUACAGUGUGUUGCAAAGGCCAAAAAAUCUGAAGUCACAGCACCACCAACAGGUCAAACAAGAUUUUCAAAAGAGGUGAACAUGACAAGUGGAAGAAGCAUGUUAUAUGGACAUUCAUGCAAAAUUUAAUUCUUUAAGGUACAUUUUUUAUAGGUUGUCUAGAUGAAAUAAUGGGGCUCAUUUAAAAUGUGUAUUAAUAUUAAAACUCUGCGAAUCUUCAAUAAUACAGUUUAUUCGUAAUUUUUUGUGCUACGUUCGUUGCAAGAGAUAUUUCAAUAUGACUUGUGUACAAAGCAGUGAACCAGAACUGAACUGGGUCAUUAGAAUCUAAAAUUCUCUGCUUAUAACCCUAUUAAAACUUGGUGCAAAUGUUUAAAUCGGGACAGUUCAAGGGCAUCGGCAUCACUGUACAAAGUAUAUUUGGGUAACAUUUGUUUUCAUGUAUAUCCACUUUAUUCAUCAUCCAAUGUCUAAGAUGCUCCAACCCAGGUCUUGAGAGUACCAAACCGUCAUCCCUUGUGAACUUGAAAGGGGGCUGUGUGGUCAGACUAGAAAAUGACAGUAGAACACCUAAUUAAACAUAUUGUGCCUUAAUACUUAACAUAUCGAGUACUACUGGGGCCAAUCCAUGGACGCAUUGUAUCAGUGAGGUAGGCUUUGAUGCAUACAUGUUCCUGACCUAGGCUUUUGAAGUAGGAGGAAUAAAGAUCUGUGCUUUCGGUUAAUAGUGCACCUGGAAAGAUUGGUCAAGUAAACUUAAACUUUUAUUUAAAUGAACAUCAUCAACCAGCAGAAUAGCAUGCUCCAAUGCAAAUCACAUCUAUGUAAUUAAUUCAAUAUACAUGUUAUCUCAAUGUGCAGUUUAAAAUGAAAUUUUUUCUAGAAAUGACCACAGGGGGGUGUCAAAGGUGGAAGACUAGUGUUAGCUACAGCUGAUUUCAUUUAGUUUCAUACUGAUAAUAAUCCUGCAAUGUUACAACACGUAAUAAUAACAAACAAGCAGUUUUUUUUCAUGCUGUCAAACAUGUCUGUUUUACAAAUGAGUCCCGAUAGUUUGCCCCUGUUUCUGUUUAAUAUCUGAUGAAAACCUACUGUCAUACUGUAUACAGUAGCAGCACAGUAUUUUUGAUGUAGAAUUCUACACGAAAGACAAUGGGUAGCAGGGCAUAUUGAAGCACACUGUAAGAUGACACACAGCAGCUGGCCUCUGUUUCACUGUAGUUGGUUUUCAAGGGGACAGGGUCCAGCUUGGAACGGAGGCAGGACUUUGGCUCUGUAGCAGAACAUGUGACUCUGUGGUUUUGUGGGCAACCUACAUUCAUGCUUUUGCAGUGUACUUGGGAGCUUUUGUCCAACAGCCGUGUGCAUGUCUGCUAUCCAAAUAUCAGAGAUUUACAAUACAUUGCAUAUUUUAAAAGCAGAGUAAACGAUUCUGGAGCAAGACUGUUGAUGUUUGAACUCAACAGCAAAGCAAAAACACCCCUUCUUCUAUUCAGUUGCAGAGCCUUUGGCAACUAUGACAGCCUCUAAAUGUUUCUUGAACCCAUCUAGAAGCUUCUUGUCUACCUGUCUCCUGGUAGUUUCUGCCACCCUUCAACUGCCAAGCGUUCAAGCUCUUAUAAGUUUGCAGGAGUCCUUUUUGCAAUGGCAGAUUUCAGCUCUCUCCAAAGGUUUUCAAUGGGAUAUAGGUCAGGACUUGUUGUUGGCCAGUUUAAACAUUCCAUCCAUUCCUUUUAAACCAUUUUGUGCUGUUGGAUGUGUGCUUUGGUUUGUUGUCCUCCUUGGCCUUCGCCCAUGGAGCCCUACUUGGUUUAGUGUGCUGCGUAUGGAAUGGGCUGAGACCACCACUCCAGAUUGCUCCAGGUCAGCCUGGAGCUCUUUAGAUGUCUUGCGUGGUGUUUCUUCCACAAUCCGCAUCAACCUUCUCAAACUUCUCUCACUGAGUUUCUUCUUUGCACCACAUCCUGGGAGCGUCUUAAAAGUUUUAUGAUGGUGAAACUUCUUGAUUAUUAUACAAACUGUUGAAACAGGGAUUUUAAGAUCUUUGGCGAUUGACUUGUAGCCUGUUUUUUGGUAAUUUCUAAUAAUCUUUUAGACAGAUUUACCAUUGUGAAAAAGAAACUGGAAACAAUCAAUCCCUUAUUAUGUAGUAAAACCAUCAUUCAUUGGUUAAUUCAGGUCAUGUAAACACUGAAAACUAAGCACAAGUGAGUCUUAUUUGUUUGUUAUUUUGUUUGAGGAACUAUUUUUAAUUCAUCAAAAAGGUGCCUAUUGUUGUG